GACUGCACACCCCUUACUUUAUCAGUAACUUGCAGGAGCUGAGGUCGCACACAGUUAACUGGCCAUGUCUUUUUCCACCAAUAUGAGGUAUAAAUUUUCAUUUUUAGCAAUUGGGCUUCAGUUAGUCUUAAUUAUUUUAUUUGGAAUUUUUGUAAGAUAUUCAAAACAUGAGCAUCCCUCUCCAUCAAAUUCUACUACACAUGAAGAUGAAACUUUCAUCAAACUUUAUCCCUUAUUUCAAGAUGUCCACGUGAUGAUCUUUGUUGGCUUCGGAUUUCUGAUGACAUUCUUAAAACGAUAUGGAUUCAGCAGCGUUGGAGUCAACCUUCUCCUUGCAGCAUUUGGUCUUCAGUGGGGAACAUUGAUGCAAGGACUAUGGCACCUUCAUGGUGGAAAAAUUGAAAUUAACAUAUUAAGCAUGAUCAAUGCUGAUUUCAGCACUGCAACUGUUCUAAUUUCAUUUGGAGCUCUUCUGGGGAAAACCAGUCCAGUUCAGAUGUUGAUUCUGGCAAUUCUAGAAAUAACUAUCUUUGCAUGUAAUGAGCAUCUUGUUGCAAAGUUGGGGGCUUCUGAUAUUGGAGCAUCAAUGGUCAUUCAUGCUUUUGGAGCAUACUUUGGUCUAGCUGCAUCAAUAGUUUUGUAUCGACCUGGCCUGAAAAAUGGUCAUGAAAAUGAAGGAUCAGUUUAUCACUCUGAUUUGUUUGCUAUGAUUGGAACCAUAUUUCUUUGGAUGUUCUGGCCAAGUUUCAAUUCUGCCAUUGCUGACCCUGGAAUAAAUCAAGAAAUGGCCAUAAUCAAUACCUAUUUCUCUUUGGCUGCCUCUGUCCUUACUGCAUAUGCCUUCUCUAGUUUGCUUGAACAUAAAGGAAAGCUGGAUAUGGUUCAUAUUCAAAAUGCUACACUAGCUGGUGGUGUGGCAGUAGGCACCUGUGCAGAUAUGAACAUUGGCCCUUUUGGAGCAAUGACAAUUGGUUUCACGGCUGGUAUAAUUUCCACACUUGGUUUUAAAUUCCUAACACCAAUUUUGGCUUCCAAGCUGAAGAUUCAAGAUACCUGUGGAGUACACAAUCUGCAUGGAUUACCUGGCAUUUUGGGAGGUAUUGCAGGAAUAGUGGCAACAGCAUUGGGAGCAAAAGCAGACUGUUCCCCUGUCUUACAAAGUGCUGCUCUGGCUGCCACAGUUGGAAUUUCUGUUGUUGGGGGACUAUUGACAGGCUUCAUAUUAAAACUGCCUUUCUGGGGACAGCCUCCUGAUCAAAACUGCUAUGAUGAUUCUAUUUACUGGGAGGUUCCGUUAGAUGAGGAAGAACAUGAAAAUAAUUACCAAGGGGAUCGUAGCAACUUGAAAAUUGAUGCAUAAAAAAAAAAUGAACUACUUCCUCAACCAUUGCCACUAGGCUGUACCAACAGCUCAGGAAAUAUAAAAAUGUGUCAUAUUAUCAAUUAUUAAAUAAAAUAAUUUACCAGCACCAAAAUGUGUGAAUCUGCAUAAACAUACAUUUUGUAACCAUAGGAAAAUUUGUUUACUACAUAUUUUCUUUGUUUUUUUUCAUAUAAUUGUCUUUUUUUCCAAACAUUAUUCUGUGAUGUUAAAUGUUAGCACUAUGUCAUUAGACUAAAAUUAUGUCAAUAACUAAAAAAAUGUAAAUUAAAACAUUUAUAUGAAUAUAAUUUCUGAAAUAAAAAAAUAACCUUAAUCUAA